UAUAAGCAUUUUUUUUUUCACCCAUCUGUCUCAAGAUCACAGGUGAAAGCGGGAACAGGUUGCUCGUGAAAGCUGAGUUCACACCCCGUUACCUGCAGCUAUUAGCAUGGCCAAUCACAUGCGAGCGACAGAGGAAGGAGGGACGGGGAAACACGCUGGCAAUCCAAUCCUAUUGAGACCCGCAAUUCAUUCUGUACCUGAAUUGCUGCAACGAUACUGGGUUGUAAAGUUUGUGUGUGUGUGUGCGCGCAAGAGAAAGGAAAACAAAAACAUCUCCGCAGAACCCGUUUAACCGCCGCGCCGAGCGGAGACGCUGGCUAGUCGGGUUUCGCCGCACGUUGGCCCAACUAGAAAGUCCAGUUGGACCGACGGAGGAGAGCGAGAUUGAGAUUGUGUGACGGGGUGGGGGGAAAAAAGAAGAUGACACAAGAACACGAUAAUAAGAGAGCGGUUUUAGUGCUACAGAAUGAGUCUCUUUAUCCCCAACGCCGUUCCUACACCAGUGAAGAUGAAGCCUGGAAAUCAUUUCUGGAAAACCCGCUGACUGCUGCCACUAAGGCUAUGAUGAGCAUCAAUGGGGACGAUGAUAGUGCUGCGGCUUUGGGCUUACUAUAUGAUUACUACAAGGUGCCCAGGGAGAAGAGGACAAUACCACCUGAGAAAAGUUCUAAUACUGACACGGAACACAACAAAAGAUUACUCACUCCCAUGCAUCCCCCUCGUGUUAGAAGGGGAGUACGAUCUGGCAUGCUGCCUCCUUCACAACCAACAUCAAUGCUGCUUUAUGAUCGUCCAGAAGGAGGCACGAUUCAAACAGGGAACUCCAUGCCAUCUGCGACAGAUCAGCCAGUUAUUUCUACAAUAGACAGCAGAGUGCAACAGUUGAGAGUUUUACCAGUCAAUCUAGUGUUGCCCAGCCACUCCAUUGGACAUGACAAAGUGAAUCAGUUUACAGCACCAGACACCACUGUCACUGUCUCUGUUACAACAAUACCACCCCAUUCCAUCAAAACAGAAUGCCACCCCAAUAGCUUCACAGUGGGGACAUCUCCAGCAAUGUACUGUGGUGAGCCUCCCGAGCGCAUCGUCAUCUGUGACCGAAAUCUGCACACUGACCACUUUGCCUCGUCUUUGUCUUCGCAAAGGAGGACUCCAGACACCACUUUCACGGAGACAUUCAAAGAAGGGCCUCAAGAGGUAUUUGGCUUUCCUACUGAUCUCCACAUUCGAAUGCCUGCUUUAGACUCGGAGGAGUAUCCAUUUGAUAGAAUGGGUUCAUUUGAGUAUAUAUUGGAAGCUUCCAAGUCUCUUAAACAGAAGUCAUGUGAUGGGACUAUGACGUACCUGAACAAGGGCCAGUUUUAUCCCAUCACACUCAAAGAAGUGAGCGCCAACAAAGAAAUCCAUCACCCAGUCAGUAAAGUCAGAAGUGUGAUCAUGGUUGUUUUCGGCGACGAUAAAAUACGUGAUGAGCAACUCAGGCACUGGAAAUACUGGCACUCCCGGCAGCAUACUGCAAAACAGCGCUGCAUUGACAUCGCCGAUUACAAAGAAAGUUUCAACACAAUUAGUAACAUUGAAGAAAUUGCCUACAAUGCCAUCUCCUUUACAUGGGACAUCAAUGAUGAAGCUAAGAUUUUCGUCUCAGUCAACUGUCUCAGCACAGAUUUCUCGUCCCAGAAAGGAGUCAAAGGGCUACCACUGAACAUCCAGAUCGAUACAUACAGUUACAACACCCGAAGCAACAAGCCAGUCCAUAGGGCAUACUGCCAGAUUAAAGUAUUCUGUGACAAGGGUGCUGAACGAAAGAUACGCGAUGAGGAACGUAAGCAGUCCCGGAAAAAGUCCAAAUCCAAUGACAACAGCUCCCAUCUUAAUACUCUCCAUGAUGCAAAGAUACCCUUGAUUCCCAACCACAAGCAGAUGGAGGCCACAAUCUUCAAAUCCAUUCCCGAUCUUGUCACUCAGCCAGUUCUCUUCAUUCCUGACAUCCAGCAACGUACUGUGCAUGGCUUCCCGACUGGAACAGAUGAAUUAGAAGGUGAAGGAUCAGGGUUAAAAAGACUGCCAUACUCACCAGAUGAAGAUUUUGGAUCACCCAACAAGAUUCUUAGGAUAGAAGAACCAAAGAAAGUUUUGCUUUAUGUCAGGAAGGAAUGUGAAGAGGUGUUUGAUGCAUUAAUGUUGAAAGCUCCUUCGCUGAAAGGACUAAUGGAGGCAAUUUCAGAGAAAUAUGAAUUUCCCCUUGAGAAAAUUGCAAAAGUCUACAAAAAGUGCAAGAAGGGCAUCUUAGUGAAUAUGGAUGAUAACAUUGUGAAGCACUACUCCAAUGAAGACACAUUCCAACUGAAUGUUGAAGAAAUGGCAGGAUCCUACAAGCUCACUCUUGCUGAAAUAUGAAGAGGAUAAACUGGAGGUUCAUAUAGUUCUCAGCAAUUAUGACCAAGCUAAUGAACCAUACACAAUGUGAGAGCAAAGGAAUGAAAGAAAAAGUAUGAGUUUAUUAUAUAAAUCCACGCUACAUAAGUUACUGCAAAAGUUCAAAGUGAAAGAGCAUGCUAUACUAGCAAGCUGCUAUUGUUCCUCGCUGCAUCAGGUGGUGACCUUGCCAUUUCUUUAGCUUUUGUCUUUUUUUUAAUGAGUUGCUGGCUUGACACUCAAUCUAGCACAGAUGGAAAGUGUGCCUCCUGGUGGUGUAGUGACAUCUGCACUGGGCUUUGAGGCAGGUGGUCCAAACUGUCUACAGUAUUUCUAUAUUGCUUUGGAAUAAAGACCUUAAUAAGAUAACAUAAAAAUCAACAGUCAAUUGCUCCAAAGCCAUGAUCCAUGUUUUCCUCCUAUUGAUUUUGAUUUUUUUUUCAUUCCUUUGGCCUCCCCAGGACUGUGAUACAAAUGUUACUUUAAACACAUUGAGGACAUAGGCAUAAAAGAUAUCAUCCCCUUGUGUUGUAACCAAAGAGAAUGGCAAUAAUAAAGCUCUUAGUUUUGUACAUAUUAUAUAUAGAUUAUAAAGUGCAUAGCAAUGUCUUUCAAAGUUGAAUGCAUCCUGGUGUUCAGAUAAUACCUGAUCCUUUUGGUAUGCUGCAGCUUUCCUAUAGACAGCCCAUUAAUUGUGCAUCCUAUAUUUUUAUUAUGGAAGUUAAAUGAUGUUUUGUCUCAAUUCACAUGGUGUCUUAUUUCAGAUUUUAGAAAUUUAGCUUACCUUUUGAUAACUUUAAAAAACUGCAGGAAACAACAUUUGAGACAGAGCACUUGAAAUCAUUUAUGAUGUUUUUUCAAUAAUUGCAGUAAGCCUCCUUUCUUAGGGAUUGGACUGGCAUAACUAAAGGAAAAUACAGUGAAUGGCAAAAGAAGCCAUAGAAAUAAAGCCAUUUUUGUGUGUAUGUGUGUUAAGUGCAAUAUAUUAUCAUGGAACUAUAUACAUAGGUUUGGACAAUCUUUUAUCAUAGUAAUUUGCAAAACAGUCAGUUUACUAAGACUGAGGGUCAGGGUCUAAGAUUUACAGAUGAAUUGUAUUGUUUGAAUUGUAUUUAAACAAAACACAACUGCAUUUCUAAAAGUUUAUGAUGAAAUGUUGCUUUUCUUUAGAUGAAUAGUUAAGGCAAGUUUAAAAAUGUUUUGGGUUUCCUGGGAAUCUGUAAAGAGCUAUUAAAAAUGCAGUGUUCUUUUCCAGUAAGCUGACAAUUUGAGGCCAGCUUUUGCACUUCUUUUGAAUCAAAUAGUUAACUGAGAUGAUGCACUCAUACAGACAGUGAUUAUCCUUAAACUGGUCCCUGCAAUCAUUAGUAUAACAUUUUUCCACUUCAGCCCAUAAACUGUUUUAAUGCAUUUGAAUGGUAUCAAGAACAACUAAUUGUUCUUGUUAAAUUAAGUGUGCACUGAACAGUUACUUUGUAGGUUACCCUAUGGUAAAUAAUUUGAUAUUAAAUUUUAACACACUAGAUUCAAUAAUAAUGAACGUUUUCAAAAUUUGCCAAUAUAUUUUUAAGGCACAUUACUAAUAAUGUUCACUUUGCUGGAGUAACUUCAUGUGUGAUCAUGUCUACUGAGGUGUCCAAAUAUCUGCCUGUUUACAAAGUCUGAAGUCCAGAUUUGCCAGCUUCCAUUUUAAUUCAGUUCUGGCUGUUUAGUUUUCUUUGAAAUCCUGAGGCAGGUUCACCCAUGGAUGUUUCAGGUUUCAGGUUGUGAUGCAUUCUGGUGUAGUUAGAACUUUCAUCAAGGAAAAUGAGCCCCUAACCUCGAUGGAUGCUGUUGCAUCACGGGGGGGGGGGGGGGGUGUCCCUUGCUUUAAAUUUCAGUGCCACCAUCCAUUGCAUCUGGGGCAUAUUUUGGAGAAAAUACCCUCAAGUUAAUCUUGAGAAAAUAUCCUGUUUUCAACUACAGGACUGAGAAAUACUUUGAAAAUUAUGUCUUUUUAUUUCUCUGCUUCGGAGUAAUGACAAAAAUACUUGAAAGUAAGUAUUCCCCUAUUUAAGUAAAAAUGAAAGAAAAGAAUACAAAAAGCUUCAGAAAAAUUUACUCAUACUAAAACAUCUUUUUCAUUACAAUACUGUAUAAUGAGGCCCUGGACUUUAAUAGCCAAGGCAAAGCAUUAUUGCAGGUUUGUACAGUUACAUAGGGAAGGACUCUGUCUAUGCAUAUUUUUGGUAAAUGGUCAUACUACUCCAGUUAAGUGUCUCUAUUUCUUCCAGAUAAUUAUGAUCCAGUUUGUUCAGAAUAAGAUGGAAAAGGGCUUUUUACAGCAAACUUUGUUGUAUCACUGAAAAUGUUUCACUGAUUUUGUUUUGACAUGCAUUUGAAAACAUGUAUUCCAACUUUAUUGUAUACCAAAGGGAAUAAAUUUUAUAUGGACAUUU